CGGGUGUAACUCAGGUGUGGGAGUUGUGGAAGACGGCAGCGGCAACGCCCACGCCCACUCGACUCCUUAUAAACAGCCUGUGUGAGGCUGCGCGCAAUUUUUGAACCUUAAUUAGCUCUGCUUUUUUUUUAACCGGAGCACAUCCAGCCUCGGUUUUUAAGAAAUUUUACGUGCAAACCCUUGUAUUUUUAGUAAUUUUAUCGCGGUGACAUUCUCUCUUUUUUUAAGCGUGUUUUAAUUGUGAGAAAUGGCAGACUGGAAGACGCAGAUAAGCUACAACUACAACCCUUCGUACCAUGCCUACGCCUAUUGUCUCGUCUAUCAGGCCGGGCCAGAGCAGAACCAUGAGAACUUGACCGGCUGGGCCGAAACUGGAAUUCCCGACUACAACACCGGGGCGACACAGGCCUACUACGCCGCCACUACUAGGACCCGGGAGGAGUCUCCACCAUACAGCCCGGAGCAGCACUCCGUUGACGGCCAUUGCCACUACCAGGGUCCGGGGGUUGUCUACCUGGGAGACACCCAGGCAGGCCGCCUGCUUCUGUCUGGAAAGGCCGAAAACGAGCCCAGGCGAGCGGGGAGCGAUUCCACGAGCGACUCGGAGCCUUACACGUCACCCGACUCACGCAGCUCUGGCAGCAGCAGAGAGGGAAGCCUCCCCCAGGUGGACCCUGCUACAUGGGUGGAGAAAGACGAGGAAGCGAGCGGAGGGAGCCCAGCUGCCAUUGAGGAAGUUUCCAGCUCCCUCAUGGAGGAGCCACAGACUUACCCCAUCAUCGGGAGCGGGGUCACCAACGAUCCGGCCUCUCUGCACGUGCCCUUAAACACCCCAAAGAAGCUUUGCACUACUGCUGUAAAUACCCCCAAAGGAAAGGUCCGCACAGCCUUCUCCGAGAGCCAGAUGAAUGCUCUUGUCCAUCGAUUCAGCGUUCAGAGGUACCUUACCCCGUCUGAGAUGAAGAACCUGGCAGAACUGACGGGACUGACCUACAAACAGGUGAAGACCUGGUUUCAGAACAGGCGGAUGAAGCUUAGGAGGCACCAGAAAGAUGUAAACUGGGUGUCGGAUCGCUACUCUGUCAACAAGGACAGCCCAGCUCACGGAGCCGUAUACCACAACAUUGCCUCACACGUCCCUCAUUUUCAAGGCGAGGGAAGGCCCCAGCUGAGACAGCCUUACAGCCCGCACAUGAUGGAGACGGCCUUUAAGAAGACCGCUCCACAGAACCUGUCCUUCUACCUGGCCGCCAUGGACAGCGCAGCAGGAUCGGCGGGCUACCCCUCCUGGUCCUCCGGCUCGCUGCAGGCCGGCGUCUCCAACAGGCCCCAGGUCACCGGCUGGUCCGUGCCGCCCGGCGUCGGCCAUUACGAGUACGUCCCCAUGGCGUUUAACGCCGCCGGCGUCGCGACCGCCAACGCCGGGCUCGAGGCCGGCUACGAAAGCAAAGACGGGGAGCCCGUCGACAGCCAAAGCUCCUUGAACAAAGUCGUACUACAUAACGCCAGCCAGUAGCCUCUGCCCCGAGCUGAACAACACGAUUUUCUCUUAGUGUUAUCCAGCCACCGUGUUUAUAUUCUUCCAGGUUUCCUUUGGAACAGAUCUUUCUUGCCAGGCUGGGUGUAAAUAUGCAUUGUUCAUACACGUGUUCAAAGUAUUUUACCAUUGAACUAUAUUUUUAUACCCAACUAUUUAAAUGUUUGUUGAUCUGUUCUGCUCUUGGCGACGCCAAACGCGUCCAAGUUGGAUGCGUUCACGUGUCGCGGCUUUUUUGGAACUGCUUUAAGGCAAAGUACUGAUGUACAUAUGACGUGUGCACAUUUCAAUGCAUUGUUUCUAUAAAUACAAGUUCACUUUGGCAUACUGA